UGCUGGGCUUCUCCUGGGUCCCCAGACAGCUGGAGGAGAUAAACAGAGCAGGAGGAGGGAGGGGAGUGCGUGUGUGAGAGCGCGCGAGGGAGUGUGAGUGUGUGUGAGCGCGGGUGUGAGGCGGUGCGCAGGGGCGGGCGGAGGCGCUGUCCGGCCCCGGCCAGGCGCCGGGCGGGGAGCAUGGGAAGAGGCUAGAGCUGCCCGGGCCCCCCAGCCCCCUUCCCGGGAUCUGCGCCCCCACUCCCGGGAGAGGGGCCGGGCCCCCCGGACGGACAUGGGCUCCUGAAGUUGCGCCGCUGCUGGUCCGAGGAAGAGACCUGACAGUUUCUGGCAGCCGCAGAUGACUUCAGUGGCCCGUCCUGACUCCAAACUGAACUUUGUCAAGGUGUUUCCACCAGUCGCCUGGUACAAAGGAUCUCUACUUGGGGAAUUAAAUGUGUGUCUUGUGGAUCUGGACUUGGCUGGAAUGCACCAGGAUCCUGAAGAUCCUUCCAUAGCUUCUUCCUGUUGAACCCAUUAAGAGAAGAUGGCAAAAGUCAACAUUACUAGAGACCUCAUCCGUAGGCAGAUCAAGGAGCGAGGUGCCCUGAGCUUUGAACGGCGCUACCAUGUCACUGACCCCUUUAUCCGGCGGCUGGGCCUGGAAGCAGAGCUGCAGGGUCACUCAGGAUGUGUCAACUGUCUGGAGUGGAAUGAGAAAGGAGACUUGCUGGCCUCUGGUUCCGAUGACCAGCACACGAUUGUGUGGGACCCGCUGCACCACAAGAAGCUGCUCUCCAUGCAUACAGGACACACUGCAAAUAUCUUCUCUGUCAAGUUCCUGCCUCAUGCUGGGGACCGCAUCUUGAUCACGGGAGCAGCUGACUCCAAGGUGCAUGUCCAUGACCUGACAGUAAAGGAGACUAUCCACAUGUUUGGAGAUCACACAAACCGGGUGAAGCGCAUUGCCACAGCACCCAUGUGGCCCAACACGUUCUGGAGUGCUGCUGAGGAUGGGCUUAUCCGCCAGUAUGACCUUCGGGAGAACAGCAAACACUCGGAGGUGCUGAUUGACCUGACAGAGUAUUGUGGCCAGCUGGUGGAGGCCAAGUGCCUCACAGUCAAUCCCCAGGACAACAACUGCCUGGCUGUAGGGGCCAGUGGGCCCUUCGUGAGGCUCUACGACAUUCGCAUGAUCCAUAACCAUAGAAAGAGCAUGAAGCAGAGUCCAUCAGCAGGUGUACACACCUUCUGUGACCGGCAGAAGCCCCUUCCAGAUGGUGCAGCCCAGUAUUAUGUAGCAGGUCACCUGCCAGUGAAGCUGCCUGACUAUAACAACCGUCUGAGAGUGCUGGUUGCCACCUAUGUGACCUUCAGCCCCAAUGGCACAGAGCUGCUAGUCAACAUGGGAGGUGAACAGGUCUAUUUGUUUGACUUGACUUACAAGCAGCGGCCAUACACCUUCCUCUUGCCUAGAAAAUGCCACUCCUCAGGGGAAGUCCAGAACGGCAAGAUGUCUACCAAUGGUGUGUCCAACGGCGUGUCUAAUGGCCUGCACCUUCACAGCAACGGUUUCCGACUGCCAGAAAGUAGGGGGCAUAUCAGCCCCCAGGUGGAGCUGCCCCCAUAUCUGGAGCGUGUGAAGCAGCAAGCCAAUGAGGCUUUUGCCUGCCAGCAGUGGACCCAGGCCAUUCAGCUUUACAGCAAGGCUGUGCAGAGGGCCCCUCAUAAUGCCAUGCUCUAUGGAAACCGAGCUGCUGCCUACAUGAAGCGCAAGUGGGACGGCGACCACUAUGAUGCCCUAAGGGACUGCCUCAAGGCUAUAUCCCUAAACCCAUGCCACCUGAAGGCACACUUCCGCCUGGCCCGCUGCCUCUUUGAGCUCAAGUAUGUGGCUGAGGCCCUGGAGUGCCUAGACGACUUCAAAGGGAAGUUCCCGGAGCAGGCCCACAGCAGCGCUUGUGAUGCUCUGGGCCGUGACAUCACAGCUGCCCUCUUCUCCAAAAAUGAUGGCGAAGAGAAGAAGGGAGCUGGUGGUGGUGGUGGUGGUGGCCCAGUCCGCCUCCGAAGCACAAGCCGCAAAGAUUCCAUCUCAGAAGAUGAGAUGGUCCUACGGGAACGAAGCUAUGACUAUCAGUUCCGCUACUGUGGCCACUGCAACACCACAACAGAUAUCAAGGAGGCCAAUUUCUUUGGCAGCAACGCUCAGUACAUCGUCAGUGGCUCUGACGAUGGCUCCUUCUUCAUCUGGGAAAAGGAGACCACCAACCUAGUGCGCGUGCUUCAGGGGGAUGAGUCCAUCGUCAAUUGCCUGCAGCCGCAUCCCAGCUACUGCUUCCUGGCCACCAGUGGCAUCGAUCCUGUCGUGCGACUCUGGAACCCCCGACCAGAGAGUGAAGACCUCACAGGCCGAGUUGUAGAAGACAUGGAGGGUGCUUCUCAGGCCAACCAGCGGCGCAUGAAUGCGGACCCCUUGGAGGUGAUGCUGCUCAACAUGGGCUACCGGAUCACAGGCCUGAGCAGCGGGGGCGCCGGGGCCUCUGAUGAUGAGGACAGCUCCGAGGGUCAGGUGCAAUGCCGGCCCAGCUAGACACUCCUAGUCCCGGUCUCCAGCCCCAUGCUACUGGCUGGACCCUCCUCCCUGGGCAGGAGGUCAGGGGGUUCUGUUUUGGUUUGUCUUCCCACCCCCACCUCCCCAUUUUUUCAUAUCCCCUGUUUUGUUUGUUAGUUUGGCAUUGGGGGUGGGGGUUGCUGCAACUUGCUGGCUUUCAGACUCUUGAGCUGAUUGUCCCUUGAUUGUCCCCAGCCCUGAGCAGAAGAGCAGGAGGGGAAGCCCCUCCAUAUGCCACAUCUCCUGCUUCCACUUGCCUGGAGGGCUCUGACCUGCCUAAAAACCCCUCUGCCUCCAGUGGGGAGGCAAGGGCUGACACUGUCCUCAAGGGCCGCCCUGCACUUCAGUUGGCAGCAGGAAGGGGAGUGGAACUCCCAGUUGGUAAAGGCCAGCUUGGCCAGUUGCCACUCUUGCCCUCCGCCUGCAGGGCUAGCUUCCCCAUGGUCUUCAGGGAAGGUUCUGAAAAAGGAUGGAGUUCCACCCUCCCUCCACAGCCACCAGUGUUAAGGUGGAAGCAAAGGGAAGGAUGGGAGCUCUGGAGUCGGCACGGCCAGGCCACCUGCCUUGCCUGGGGGGCAGUGGAGCCUCCUUGUCUGCUCCUGGGCACAGGCUCUGGCCCUGAGCCUGCUCUCCAUCAGGGGCUCUGCCUUUCCUUAGAGACCUGGCUGGGACUGGAGCACUGCACCAUACCCCACCCACCCGUGCAGCCACUUCUGCACCAUGGCCACUCUCCUCUUGGGCGCUCCUUGGCCUCACUGUGACCUUUUUGCCUGAGCUCCCAGCUGGGCCUACUCUGCUGAGGUAGCGCUUCCUGCUAAGGGCCUGUCUCUGCCCUUUCUGCCCUCCUUCCCACCCCACUGCUGAGCAGCCACAAAGACCAAAGAAGUGAUGGCUUCUCUCUGUCCCCUGCUGCUCUGGGGGGAGGUUGGUGGGAAAAAGCCUAACUCAACCCCUCUUUCCUCCGCCCCAAGCUUUACACUGGAUGCAGCAGUCACCCCACCACCAAGCCCCCCUUUCCCUCGCCCCCUUGGCUCCACUCUCUGGAGCUUCUCUGGGUAGUUGGUUCUCCCCCUCCUCUCUCCCUCCCCCUUACCCUCCGUGCUUCCUUGGCUCCAGCCCUCCAGCUGCAGCCUCUGGGGAGCAGCAGCCUCCCUUCUCUCCCGCCCUCCCUCCCUCCCUCUCCCUCACUCAGCCCCUGUCUCUGCCAGGUGCCUCCUCUCAGUCAGGCUUCAGAGCAGCCCUGGAGACAGGAGGGCCAUGUUAAAAGCUUUUUCACAGUUUUAAGAAGACGAGGGGGGUGAGGCUAGUGGUGGGGGGUCUGGCACCAUCUCAUUGCUUUAAUCCCAGCGACACAGGUGGCAGCUUCUUCCCCUUCCUGCCCACCCCAGUCCUGCUUCCCACCCCUCUCUUCUAGCUUGGUAAUGAAGUAUAUUUAUUGGUGAAGGAAACAGCUGCUGCUGCUUCUCCUGCUGCUGGGACUUGCUCCCCUGUCUCUUUCCAUGACCUUUCUCGAGCCAGGGAGUAGGGAGCAGGAGUACUGGGGCUAGGCCCUGGGGUACAAGAACUGGCCAGGGCCCCUUUGCUUUCCUGUGUUGGAGCCACCCACCAUUUCCUCCCUCCCUGCCUCCUGCCUCCCCCGCUGCCUGCCCAGAGCCUGGGCCCUGCAGUGUGGAGGGACACAUAAGCCUUACUGUCCUCUGGGGGCAGGAGCCGAGCCUUUUUGUUGCUCCGCUCCCAGGAGAGUGAGGGUGACGCAAUUGAUUAAAAUCAUUUUGUUCUA